ACAGUCAGCUGUUGCGCCAAAGUUUUGAUGUACUAUGACAGCUUCCUCUGUCUAGUGUUUUUUAGAUGUUAUUCUUAAGUGGAACUUAAUUUCUUGGGUGCGCUUUUCGUCUGUACAACCCAUUGAAUCCGCCCAGUUUAUAAAUACUUAUUUAUUUUAAAAUAGUAAUAAUAAUAACUUUGCAUUUGGAGCUUUCGGAAUGAGCUUGAACGAGCACUCCUUGCAGGCUCUGUCAUGGAGAAAGCUGUACUUGAGUCGAGCCAAAUUAAAAGCCACGAGUCGCACUUCAGCCCUGUUGUCGGGCUUCGCCAUGGUCGCCAUGGUGGAGGUAAAUCUGGAAACAACACAUCAGUAUCCUCCUGGGCUGCUGAUAGCCUUCAGUGCCUGUACCACAGUUCUGGUUGCAGUUCAUCUCUUUGCCCUCAUGAUCAGCACCUGCAUCCUCCCUAAUCUUGAGGCUGUCAGCAAUGUUCACAACCUCAACUCUGUCAACGAGUCUCCCCAUGAGCGCAUGCACCACUAUAUAGAACUGGCCUGGGCUUUUUCCACAGUCAUCGGCACACUCCUCUUCCUCACGGAGGUGAUGCUCUUGUGCUGGGUGAAGUUCUUACCCCUUCAAAGCACUGAAAAAGACAGUGGCAGCAUAAGUUCUGGUGAGGCUGCAGCCAUCGCUUCCACCUGCAUCAUGGUGCCAUUUGGAAUUGUUUUUAUUGUGUUUGCCAUCCACUUUUACCGCACACUCGUUAGUCACAAAACGGACCGACAGAACCGAGAGCUGGAGCAGGUCAUUCGACUCCAGAACCAGCUGGACCACAGGGCUGAGAAUGACGACCUGAAGGCCGCUGUUGAUUUCCCUUGAUGAGCAGUGGACAUUCAGUGGUGCUUUCGUUGUGAAAUCUUAUAUAAAAGCUUUAUUUUUUAUGUUAAUAAAUAGUGAUACUUGUUUUUUAAAAUUUCAAUCUUCUUCUGGUGAGUAUUGCAGGUUUCGACUCAGUCUAUUUGUGGAUAAUACAUGUUCACAAAGUUUUACUCAGUAUGUCUGAGGAAAAUUGUUUUACCUUUACCGUGAAGGUAGACCUACAUAUACUGUAGAUUUCACUGGCUUGUAUGAUGACAUAGCUUAUCAUACUGUAACAUUAGGGCACUUGGAUGCUGUGGAGUAAUACCCAUUUUUUCUGGCUUUUUAGUAUGCAAAUAGCCAGCUACUGAUUAUAAAGUAUACACUCACCAGCCACUUUAUUGGGUACACCUGUACAAUUGUAUGCACUUCAGUGCAACGCU